AUGCAGCAAUUACGACCACGACCGCCCCCGCUGCCCCACGCGCAGCCGCAAAGCCAAUCACAGCCGAGAUACGCGUCGCAGUCCCAGCGAAUAGACAUUUCUAGUAGGCCGGUUAUGGAAAAACGCGCGAAAUUGCACGACUCGGAGUCGUGCGAGGCCAUUAAAUCAUUUCGCAAAGCGCGCUGGCAACAGUUCCAGCAAACUGCAGUGGACAAGUUUUAUUCAGUGACGUGGGGGCUAGCAGUGCUCGUUUUCACUUCCGUGCCUGGAACGACGUGCCUCAUCGGCGCGCUGCUGCUGCCGUCAAACGCUGUUCUCGCGCUCCUCGCCGUGUGGCUCGUUAUAGAGUCGGUGUUUUUCGUGUUUCGUUCUAAGCAACUAAAGAAAAUCAGUGACGAGUACGUGGAGCUCCCGCUCCCAUCGCGCGAGGAGAUCUCGACGCUCCUCGACCGUGUCCUCGCCGUCGCGAAGCAAGCGGAUUAUAACGAUUUCGUGGGGGGCUGGUUCAUGGGUGCGUCUCUCGCGUCUCUAACGCGUACAAACGUUCGGCAAUUCAUCUCGCACGGCUUCUUUCACCGCUUCUACAACGAACUUUCGAGCGAUUACCAAGAAGCAGUUGAAGAACUUGUUGACAGAGCCGAGGUGCACCUAGAAAUGCACUUUAAAGACCCCGACGCGCCGCCUCCGCCUCCCCCGGACCUGCUGUCCUUCGGUUCCGACAGCGAAGGGGAGAGCGAGGCUGGGGAGGAGGAGAGGGGGGAAGGCGAAAGAGCGGAAGGGGACGAGAGGGGGGAGAGCGAGAGUGAGAGCGAAGCGGCGGCAAGACCAAGGCUUACCGCCGUCGACGCCGCUGUCGGCGCUGUCGGCGGCUCCGCGAUCUGCGGCCCGCUGGAAGCGGCGGCAAUCGCGGCGUCCUCGAGGAGCCUCGGGAGGAACUGGAGCGACGCGCAGCUUCCGCGAACGAGCAAGAGCAGCGAUUGCGGAAAAGGGGAAGAGGAAGAGGCGGAGAGCGGAAGCGGAGGGCGAGAGAAGGGGGGGGAUGCGGCGGGAUUUGAGUCGAGCGGAAGGAGGACUGAGGGGAUGGGGGAGAGGCGGAAGAAGGAGAAGGGGGUAGACGAGUCGGUGCGCUUCAUGGCGCACACGCGUGAGCCCCUCCGCGCCAUCAUCCACCCGCUCGCCUUCUACGUCUGGGGCCAUAUUGUCGGGUUCCUCACUGCAGCCGCCAUGCGCCUCCUCGGCUUCUCCAAGCACACCGCGCCCAACGGCAUUCAUUACUGGUUCCGCGCUCCCAAAAAAUCGGCUCCAAAGCGAAAGACCCACAAGGCAGCAGCGGUGAUGCCGAUUUUCGACGACACGUCAGCAGCAGGCGCCACGUCAGCCGCACCGACCGCACCGCUGCUUGGCGCGAGGGGCGGGCGCGUAACAAGGGAGGAGGAGGCGGAGGAGGGGGUGGUGCUGGUGCACGGGCUCGGGCUCGGCCUCACGCCCUACCUCUCGUUCGUGCACAUGCUCUCGAGAAGCUACCCGAAAAAGAAGCUCAUCGUGAUGGAGCUGGCACACCUGGCAGUGCGCCUGUCCACGUCAUCACCUACGAUAGAUGACGUGGCAGACGGGCUAACCGACGCGAUGGCGGUCCACGGCAUGCAAUCGGCCAUCUUCGUGGGGCACUCGUACGGCGCGCUGGUGCUUGCUCGGCAAGUGCGCAAGCGCCCUGAGACAGUCAGCGCCAUGGGCUUUGUUGAUCCCGCAUGCUUCCUGCUCUGCCUCCCUAAAGUGCUCUUCAAUUUUAUCUAUAAGGUCCCCGGCUCCCCUUCAAUAGGCGAUACGAUAGCAGAGGCGGUGAGGUGGUUCCUGUGCGGGAGGGAGCUGCAGGUGGCACGUGCUCUCUGCCGCGGCUUUAACUGGCACGCAUACCAGGUGUGGGCGGACGAUAUCCCCGUGCAUCGCUCGGUGGUGAUGCUGGCAGGCCAGGACCAGAUCGUUCCCUCGGAGCACAUUAGAAACAACGUAUCCCUCCCCUCACCCUCUAUUCCCUCCACAUUCCUUCUCGAUAAUCCUCACCGCAGCGACGGCAAGCAGCGGGAGUUCAUCACUCGCCUCAAGGCAGCUUGCCGCUGA